AUGAUGAAACAACCUACACCUGCGUCAGCCUUCCAUACACCAGGAGAGGCAGAAGACCCAGGUAGCCCUGUUGGAGCACCUUUCGAGGACUAUCUUCGGUUGAGGCCGGUGGGCAAAUUGCGACGGACACGACAUCACCGUCGGCUCGUGACUGUGGCGCUGAUAUCCAUUGUCUCGCUGAUGGCAGUUGCCUCCUGGAUAGCCCUUUGCUACACCCAUCGUAACAGGACAAAUACAGCAGGGCUGGUGAAGCGCAGUCUCUCUGACCUUGGGGAUCAGGAAGAGUUAUCAGAAAUUCUGGAACAAUGUGUGGAACUAGAAGCAGAACUUGGCAUUUCCGGCACGGCUCUCUCUACCAGUGGGGAAGGUGUGAACGUCUCCGCAAUUUAUGAGUCAGCAGCAAAAUUUGAAGAAGCGAGAGGUAUGCAGCACCAAAUGGUCAAAGGGGAUGCAAGUUGGCUCCUACACGGUUUCGGAAGCUUCGCAGAGAGUCUCUCACAGGCAACAUAUUUGAGUGGAAUUGAUCAGCACAUGGCUGAGGGGAGUUUGAGAGGGCGCCGUUGGAAUCAUUCCUACGGAGGAGCUGUUUCUUCCGCUGGGAUGCAAAAUGCACCCUACAGUGCUACUGGGGAGUUUCCGUCGGUCUUCCCCCCCUUGACACAAGAGCAGGGGCAUGUACCACUCACUGAGGAGCACCAGCAGUUACAAGCAAGCCCCAUGGGAGUGCCAUUGCCAUAUGGGGACGGAUCUGCUUCUCAAGCGCAUAUGCAGGAUUUCUCGGCACUAGGAGCAGCCAGUAAUUUGUUGGGAAUCUCGCCGGAAGCCAGUGUGAGUCAGGGCUACCUCGCUGGGAGCCCGCCAGCCGGCGCUGAUUCAAUGUUUGAAGCUCGUGCAAGCGGAGAGCAGGAUGGAUUUCUGCGUGGAGGCGCAGAGGCGGAAGGGACUUUCGGGUUCGUUUCAGCCACAACCCAACAAGAAAGCAAGCGAGAAGGGGAACAGCCAGCACAAAGGGUCCAAGUUUUAGAGGAUUCUCAAGAGCCGUCAAGCUCUGCCGGGGCCGUUGCUCCCACGAGCGCUUUAUGCAAUAAGGCAGAGGAGAUUGGCCAGCUCACCCACCCAUAUGUUAGGCUACCUUUGGUAAACCCAAAAGAUAUUCCAAGGCCCUUCAGGACGGAGAUUGCAUUCUCCACCACUGUGUUUGAAAGAUCCUCUUUACAAGUAUUUGUGCGGAUGCGUAAGUUGCUUUCAAAGAAUUCACUGAGUACUUGGGAGGUGGAGGCGCUCCUUCGUCAGUGCGAAUAUUUAGUCAACCACGCUCUCCACAAGCUGACGGCUCCUCCUCCGAAGCCGGGGGCUUUCUUUGUCGCUAGGCGACUGGGAAUACUAUUUUUCACGUUUGACUACGUGGUUUGCACGAUCAUGCUCUUGCAAGAAAAAAUGGAAACCAGAAAAUGGUGGGAUAUGUUUGUCUCCAAAUUUAGUACAGAAUAUCAUUUUCCCGACAGCUAUGUGGGGAAGAGGGAUCUUGAUAGGAAGCUUCCUGAUUUAGUCAACCGUCUUAGUCAGGCACUGUCUGUGUACAAGCAAGCUUUGCGUCCGCCUGCAGAUGACGUAAUCGCUCUUAAGAAGGACGUUCUCCGCCUUUUACGUAACUAUGGCUAUUUUCAACAUCAGCUGUGGGGUCUUUGGAGGAAGGACGACGCCCGAUUUCGUUGUCGUGGUGCAGAGACUAGUAAAUCAGAAUGA